AUGGGCAAGGCCUUCUCCCUCCUGCGCCCGCAGCCAAAGCCGCAGAGAGAGCCGGGGGAGGGGAUGGGGAUGGAGCUGAGGAAGCGCCCGCGGCCGCGGCGCCUCGACCCCGACUUCGUCUCGUCGCCGCCGCCCACGCCGCCCAGGAAGCGGCCGCGGAAGCAGGACGCGGAGAGGAAGCGGCCACGGCGGCCGGCGGCGGUGAAGACGCAGCCGCCGGCGCCGAGCAAGAGGGCCAGGUGCGCGCAGCAGGGCAUCGGGAGCCCCGUCGCCGGCCUCCAGCCUUCCAGGUGCUGCAGGAUCGUGGCGCCGCUGUCGCGCGUCUCCUUCAUCCCCCGCUCUCGCGUCCCCUUCAACUGGUAUGAGCCGGACAUCUGGACGGAGGUGGCCAAGCACCUGCACGGCGCCGACCUGCUGAGGCUCUCCGCCACCUGCCUCUGGUUCUUCCGCCUCCUCUACGAGGACUCCAUCUGGCGCUACGCCUUCCUCCGCGACCUCUCGCUCCGCACCAACGAGCCCAAGAUGCUCAGGCUCCUCCAGGUUCCCCGCCCGUUCCACCGCUCCUGGCGCCUCCUCUAUGCCACCGCCUUCGACGAUACCCAUGCGUACUGCUUCCGUCAGCCCGAGAAGCACAUUGAGUGGUUUCGCAUUGGUGGAUUCCUGAUGGACACCACGAAGCUGCUGCUGACGGCGAAGCUGGCAUUGCCACCAUGGAGGCCGAUCCUGGAUGAUGGCCCGGAGAUCUCCAUCGGAUUCAUGGGAGCCUGCUUGCUCACCAACGUCCGCCCCGGCAUCUGGAUCGCUGACAUGAACAUGGUGCGGUGCCCCGUGUGCAACCUCAACAAGUGCGAAGGGACGAUGCAGGUUCUGGAUGCGCGGCACUGCGAGCUGUACCUGGAGAACAAGUUCAGGGAUGGGACCUGGGAGUAUGAGGACCUCGGCAGUUACUUUAGCAAUGGGAAGCUGGAUACUGCCGCCGCCGCCAUCUUCAACCACGACCACAUCGAUAGCCCAUGUGUCAAAAAUAUUCUCAAUUCCAAGUCUUGGAUCCGGGAUCGCACCAACCUGCUGCCCAAGGGAUGCUUCACCCCGGUCGCUGUCGCCCUCAGCAGCAACCUCAAGCCCAACGAAGGGUUGCUGUCGAGGUUCCAGGCGAUGCGGGACAUGUCGAGGGGCGGGCAGAUUGUGUCUGUCAGGAUCACGCAGCAGCUCCUGUGA